GUCAGACGUCGUUGGCGCCGGCUUGGCCGCCCGCCAUCUUGGUCCCUGUGUGGAAGCGGCUGAGGCGCGGCGUUCGCGGCGCCGGGAGCGGUAGCGGCCUCGCCGAGUCCGGGAGUCUCCGGGGAGGCCGGAGCGCCGGCCCGCCGCGCUGCGCUCCAGGCAAAAUUUGAGGGGUGAGCAGUAGGUACCAGACUCGAUGAGUUUCCAUCGAAAUGUCGGAAAAGUCAGGCCAGAGUACAAAAGCAAAGGAUGGAAAAACGAAGUAUGCAACGCUCAGUCUGUUUAACACUUACAAGGGAAAGUCACUGGAAACUCAGAAAACCACAGUUGCUGCACGCCAUGGAUUACAGAGUCUUGGGAAAGUUGCUAUUUCAAGGAGGAUGCCUCCACCAGCUAACCUCCCCAGUCUUAAAGCAGAGAACAAAGGCAAUGACCCUAAUGUGAACAUUGUGCCUAAAGAUGGCACAGGAUGGGCUUCAAAACAAGAACAGCACGAAGAAGAAAAACAGCCAGACGUGCCGCAGACACAGCCAAAACCUGCUGUUCCUGCUCCUCCAGAAGCAGCUCCUGUUGCCAAAUCAUGGGCCAACACCAAACCAGGUGGACAAGAUGGUCCACCUAUUCAAGUAAAUAGUUAUUUCCAGCAAGAGUUUCCCAGUCUUCCGGCAGCUGGGGAUCAGGAAAAGUCAGGCAAAGAGAAAGAUGCACCUGAAGAACUUCAUGGAUCAGGACCAAGCUUGCGGCCACAAAAUGCUACUAAUUGGAGAGAAGGUGGUAAUAAGAGCAACUCACCCAGUUCUCCAACUGAUCAAGAAGCUAAGGCCCUUGGACAAGAAGAUGGUAAUGCUACACCAACAGAACAAAAUGAUGGCCAGAAGGCAGCAGAGAAGAGAGAUGUGCGGUUACCACAGGUCCCUCAGCCCAAGCUGAAUGGCCAGCAGCAACCACCUGUCUCUUCUCAGUACAGAGCAAUGAUGCCACCUUAUAUGUUUAAUCAGUAUCCUAGAAUGGCAUAUCCUCCCUCCAUGCAAGGUCCAACAAGGUUUCCCAAUUCUGAGCUUAGCAGAGGGCCAAGGGGAAGAGGACCACCUUCAUGGUGUUCAGAACCUAUUGAGCGCCCAUCCAUUCUUAGUGCUAGUGAACUUAAAGAACUUGAUAAAUUUGAUAAUCUAGAUGCUGAGGCUGAUGAAGGCUGGGCAGGUGCUCAGAGUGAAGUGGAUUACACUGAACAGUUGAACUUCAGUGAUGAUGAUGAGCAAGGAAGUAGUCAAAAAGAGAAGGAAAGUGGUGAUGAACAAACACCAUCAAAAGAUUCCCAGAGUCCUGAUGGCCAGAAGGAAGCAGAUGAACAGACAAGUGCUAAGUCUGCCACCCAAGUUUCCACAGCAGCAGCCAAAGGGUCAUACGGCAAAAGUUCUCAGCUUGAUCAGGAUCGGGGUCCAGCACAGCCUUCUCUACAUGAAAGAGGUGGUCCUGCUCUUCAUCCAAAAUCUAUUCUACCACCGCACCCUCCUCCCCCUGAUCGCCAGGUAGGACCUGGAAGGCAGGGACCCUUUCCCCCUAAACCAGUGCCAGAUGAAGAUGAAAUUUGGAAACAGAGGAGAAGACAGCAGUCAGAGAUAUCCGCUGCAGUUGAACGAGCCCGUAAGCGGCGAGAAGAGGAAGAAAGAAGAAUGGAAGAACAGCGCAAAGCAGCUUGUGCUGAAAAGCUAAAACGGUUAAAUGAGAAAUUUGGCUGUGUGACAAAACCCUCCAGGGAAGACCCUCUGAAGGAGCGGGAGAGGGAAAGGGAACGGGAAAGGGAAAGAGAGAGGGAAAGGGAAAGGGAGCGGGAAAAGGAGAGGGAACGGGAGAGGGAACGAGAGAGAGAAAAAGAGAGGGAGAAGGAAAAAGAGAGGGAAAGGGAGAAGGAAAAGGAAAAAGAAGAAAAAGAAAAACUGGAGAAGGCAAAAGAGCAAGAAGGAGAAAAAGAGAAAGAAAAGGAGAUGGAGAAAGAAGAGAAGGAAAAAGAAGAGGAGAAACCAGCACAUGAGGUUCCUGAGGCUGUAGAACCUGUGGCUACACAUGUAGUAGAAAAACAAGAAAGUGAAAACAGGAAUAACAAGGAAGAAAAAGAAGAUCAGGCAGUCUUUACCCGACAAGAUAGUGGUCGGAAUGAGAAAGAGAUUUCACAGGUGACUCAUGAGAGUGAGCCAGAUUCAGGAUCUCAGCCUCGUCCUGCUGUUUCCUCAGGCUAUUCUAAACAGUUCCAGAAAUCAUUACCACCAAGAUUUCAGAGGCAGCAGGAGCAAAUGAAACAGCAGCAGUGGCAGCAGCAACAGCAAGGUGUCCUUCCCCAGUCUGCUCCCUCACAGCCUUCUAGUGGCCCUGUCCCGCCACCCCAGCAUAGACCCCUUUACCAGCCCAUGCAGCCACAUCCUCAGCAUUUAGCUUCAAUGGGCUUUGAUCCAAGGUGGCUUAUGAUGCAGUCUUACAUGGACCCACGAAUGAUGUCAGGAAGACCUGCAAUGGAUAUGCCUCCUAUUCAUCCAGGAAUUAUGCCUCCGAAACCACUGAUGAGAAGAGACCAGAUAGAGGGAUCAGCAACUAGUUCAGAUUCAUUUGAACAUAUAGCUCGCUCAGCAAGAGAGCACACUGUUCCUUUGUCAGAGCCCCGCAUGAUGUGGGGGUCAGACCCAUAUCCCCAUGCAGAACCUCAGCAGUCUAGCUCUCCUCCCAAAGUGUUAGAAGAGCCUGACAAUUUGAGGUCUGAGGCACACUUGGAGCAAGAACGAGUUGCUGUCCCUGCCACUGCUUAUCCUGUAGAACACAACCAGUUGGACUCGCAUCCAAAGACAGAUUUUUUCAGAGAAUCAGGAGAGAUGGAGGUACAAAAGUUCCCAAGCAGGCCUUUGGAAGAUGUACAACCUCUCCAAACUGACACACCUAACACAGCAGUUAAUUUUGAAGGAGUGAAGGACAAAGUUACACAUAGCUCUCCAGAAGAACUGGUGCCUGUAGGGGAAAGUCACUCUUCACUAAAGAGAAGCAUUUCCCAUGGUUCAAGUCACUCUCUAAAGUCAGAAGACCAGAGGAAUGAAACAGCAACAAAUAUACCUAAAUUAAAUAACAGGCCUCUUGAGACAAAGGAGACAAUUGAGAGACUUGAGAUUAAGCCAAAAAAAGAAAUUCUGAUCAAUAGUAGAACGCUAGAAGGACUAAAACCUGAAAAAACUUUCAAACCUAAGUCUGAAACAAGAUGGGGUCCUAGGCCGGGUUAUGGCAGGAGAGAUGAAGGUGGUGAUAGACCAGUAAGAAGAUCAGGUCCUAUUAAAAAACCUGUGCUUAGGGAUAUGAAGGAAGAGCGUGAACAGAGAGAGGAGCGUGAACAGAGGAAGGAGAAAGAAGGAGAAAAGACAGCUAAUGAGAAAUCUAGCAAGCCUGAAAAAGGUGACAGAAAGGAAGCAUCUCAAGUGCCACUGCUUCAGACUGAGCCAGAGAUAUCUGUCUCCAGUGGCACUCCUCUGGCUAAGAAGACAACCCAGGAUACUGCUGUGACCCUGGCAAGCCAAGAGAGGGGUCAAGCUGAGACUGCAGCUAAAGCACUGGUUCAGACACCCACACCUCCAGUCCCACAGCAGCUACCAGCCGCCCAGCCUGCUGCUCCACAGCUUCCCCCUGCAGUACAGCAGCAGCCACCAGCUCAGCCAGCAGCACAGCAGCAGCCACAUGUUCAGCAGCCAGCUGCUGCAGUGAAGGAAGAAAAGCAGACUGAGAAGGUGGUUAGCAAAGAGGGUUUAGAAAAACCACGCUUAGAAACCAGACCAGUAAAAAGAGAGCCUGGCUUGCCACCUAGGACAUACUGGAAAGAGGCUAGGGAUAGAGACUGGUUCCCAGAUCAGGGAUACAGAGGCAGAGGUCGUGGGGAAUAUUAUUCUAGAGGUCGUAGCUACAGGGGUUCUUAUGGAGGACGUGGUCGGGGCAGUAGAGGCCAUAAUAGAGAGUACCCACACUACAGAGAUCCUAAGCCUAGAUCAGACCAUGUGCCUUCAGGGCCUGUUAGGCAAAGAGAAGAGAGUGAAACUCGCAGUGAGAGUUCUGACUUUGAAGUAAUUCCGAAACGGCGGCGGCAGCAUGGUUCAGAGACGGAUUCUGACAGCGAAGUUCAUGAAAGUGCAAGUGAUACACUGCUUUCAGACAAAGACAGUCUAAUCAAAGGCAAGCACCCAAAAAGAGAAGACAGAACUGAUGGUAAGAAGCCUCCAAAGGUUCUGUCGUUCAAACCUGAAAACAGUAUCAGAGUAGACAACAGAUCUCUAGAAAAAACAUACAUUAGAGAUGAUGAUAACAAACCCAAACCAGGAUUUCUUCCUAAAGGAGAACCUUCUAGACGAGGCAGAGGGGGAAUGUAUAGACGUGGUGGUAGGGAUCCUGGUGGGCGUCCUCCACGUCCAUCCACAAUAAGGAGACCAGCCUACAGAGACAGUCAGUGGAACCCUAGGCAGACAGAGAUCAUUAAACCAGAAGAUGGGGAGCCUCCAAGAAGAAAUGAACAUUAUGGUCCUAUACCAGUUGAUAAAAGACCUCCAAAAUUUGAGAGAAAGUUUGAUCCAAAUAGAGAAAGACCACGAAGACAAAGGCCUGCUCGGCCUCCAAGGCAAGAUAAGCCGCCACGCUUUAGGCGCCUAAAAGAAAGAGAGGCUGCAUCAAAGAUAAAUGAGACAGUAACCAGCACAUCAGCAGGUGCAACAGUUAGUAAUACAGUUAAUGAACCCACCACCACUGCUCUGGAUGUGUCGGAAAGUAAGACACCAGACUUGUCCAACCAGAAUUCUUCAGACCAGGCAAAUGAAGAGUGGGAAACAGCCUCAGAAAGCAGUGACUUCAAUGAGAGGCGGGAGAGGGACGAGAAGAAAACAGCAGAUGCAGCAGCACAGGUGGCUGCAAAGGCAGGAGAAAAUGCUGGAGCUCCAAAAAGGGAAAUAGCCAAGAGAAGUUUCUCUAGUCAGCGGCCUGGAAUAGACCGUCAAAACCGACGUGGCAACAAUGGGCCAGCUAAACCAGGGAGGAACUUCUCAGGGCCUAGGAGUGAAAGGCGGAGUGGUCCUCCACCCAGAAGUGGAAAGAGAGGGCCCUUUGAAGAGCAGACAGCAACUGUGCCUAGUGUCGAUCCCACCAACAGCAACUCUUUGCAUCAAGAGGAUGGAGGUGUUACUGCUGCAGGCCAAAAGAGCACCAAGGAUGCAACUAGCAAAAAGAGAGAAGAACCUAAGGCUGGUCCAAAGAAGCCUAAGGAAAAAGUGGAUGCCUUGUCUCAAUUUGAUCUUAAUAAUUACGCAAGUGUUGUGAUCAUUGAUGAUCACCCUGAAGUGACAGUAGUUGAAGACUCCCAAUCUAACUUGAAUGAUGAUGGUUUCACAGAAGUGGUGUCUAAGAAGCAGCAAAAACGCCUGCAAGAUGAAGAACGUAGAAAGAAGGAAGAACAAACAGUGCAGGUGUGGACCAAGAAAGGAUCAAGUGAAAAAGGCCGAGGUCAGAAUUCCAAGCUCCCACCCAGAUUUGCCAAAAAGCAGCAACAGGCAGCAGCCGCAGCUGCACAGCAGGCACAAGCUCAGGCACAAGCUCAGGCACAGCCUCCGUGUACAACGCAGACUCCGGGUCAGCCACCAGCUUCUGUUCAGCCACCAAACCAGGCUGCAGGAGGAACAGCCAGCACAGAGUACACAGUGUCAGGCAAAGUUCUUCAAAACACUCAGGCUCACAAUGGUCUGGGAGCUGAAUUAUGGGAAAACAAGGUGCCUCCCUCAGCAGUUCUAAAUGACCUCUCCAAAAAAUUGGGACCCAUUAGCCCACCUCAGCCACCUUCCGUCAGUGCUUGGAACAAGCCUUUGACAUCUUUUGGUUCAGCUACAUCUCCAGAGGGAACAAAGCCUGGGCAAGAAGGUGGAGUUGAUCUUGGUAUAGAAACUAUUCAGUUUGGAGCCCCAGCUUCCAGUGGCAGUGACAAUGAAGUUGUCCCUGUACUUUCUGAGAAGUCCACUGAUAAGCUACCAGAGCCAAAAGAGCAAAGACAGAAACAGCCUCGGGCUGGACCCAUCAAAGCACAAAAGUUGGUUCUUGGAAAGAAGACGGGGAAUUCAGUUCAAGAAGCAGGUCUUCCAGACUUGAGUCCAGUAGAAAACAAAGAAUAUAAACCUGGUCCUAUUGGGAAAGAGCGUUCUUUAAAGAACAGGAAGGUGAAGGAUGCCCAACAGGGAGAGCCUGAGGGACAGGAGAAGCCAUCUCCCACCUCUGUCAGAAGUCCAGAGCCUGUCGCUACAAAGGAAACCAAAGCAGCAAGUGAACUAAGCACGGAAAUAGGAACGAUGAUAUCUGUGUCUGCUCCAGAGUUUGGAACAAACACAAAGGAGUCUGUAACAGACUACACUACACCUUCUUCUCAUCCUAACACAAUGGCUACUAGCAGUACAAAAAUGGAGGAGACUUUGGUGACGAACGUGCCCCUGCCCCACACCCUUCCCCUCCCUAGGAGGGAGACUCUACAACAGAGCUCCAGCCUAACUCCAGUUUCUCCCGCUACCGUCGACCUCACCCUCAAGAUGGAGUCUGCGCGCAAAGCAUGGGAGAAUUCCCCAAACAUGGGGGAUAAGAGUUCGCCAGUGACCUCAGCAGCAUCUCCCAUUGCUGGUGGCAGUGGCAGUAGCAGCAACAGCAGCAGCAACACAGGGCCAAGCAGUGGUACUUACAGCUCUUUCUCUAGUGCAUCAAUGCCUCCUAUACCUGUGGCCUCAGUCACACCAACAACUUCACUUUCAGGAGCUGGAACAUAUACAACCUCUUCACUGAGUACAAAGACUGCAAGCACCUCAGACCCUCCUAAUAUAUGUAAAGUGAAACCACAGCAGUUGCAGACAAGCAGCCUAGCUUCUGCCAGUCACUUUUCCCAGCUGAGCUGCAUGCCAUCCCUCAUUGCCCAGCAACAGCAAAGUUCCCAAGUCUAUGUGUCUCAGUCCGCAGCAGGUACUGCAGCUCAAAUCCCAGCAUUUUAUAUGGAUACAAGUCAUCUAUUCAAUACUCAACAUGCACGUUUGGCACCACCUUCUCUGGCUCAACAGCAAGGCUUUCAACCAGGACUUUCUCAGCCUGCUUCAGUUCAGCAGAUCCCCAUCCCCAUCUAUGCACCUCUACAAGGACAGCAUCAAGCUCAGCUGAGUUUAGGAGCAGCACCAGCUGUAUCACAAGCCCAAGAGUUGUUCAACUCAUCCUUACAACCAUAUAGAUCCCAGCAAGCUUUUAUGCAAAGUGGUUUGUCUCAGCCAUCGCCAGUAGUUCUGUCUGGUACAGCCUUACACAACUUCCCGGCAGUACAACACCAGGAACUUGCUAAGGCACAGUCAAGCCUGGCAUUUCAACAGACUUCUAAUACACAACCUAUUCCUAUCUUGUAUGAACAUCAACUUAGUCAAGCUUCAGGACUGGGAGGCUCUCAGCUGAUUGAUACGCAUAUUCUCCAGGCCAGAGCUACACUCACUCAAGCUUCAAAUCUGUACUCUGGGCAAGUUCAACAGCCUGGCCAGAGCAAUUUCUACAACACUGCACAGUCUCCCAGUGCUCUCCAGCAGGUAAACUGUGGCAUGGUGACGGUACCUUUGCCAGGAUCACAAAUUUCUUUGCCCAACUUUGGAUCCACAGCACAGCCACUUAUUGCCCUACCCCAAUCUUUACAACCACCACUACAGCACACACCACCACAAGCGCAGGCUCAGAACCUAAGCAGACCUGCACAAGUAACUCAGCCUUUCAGAGGGUUGAUCCCAGCAGGAACUCAGCACAGCAUGAUCGCUGCAACUGGAAAGAUGGAAUCACAGAUUUACAGGCACCUGGGAUUUUCGGAUAGUGUGCAGCACAACACAGUUGCAGCAUGCUUUCAGAUAUCAGAAAUGGACCUGAAGGCCUUUGGAGGUGGCAUCGAUGUUAAACCUGGAACACCACCAGUUACUGGUAGAAGUACUACUCCAACUUCCAGUCCCUUCCGGGCCAGUUCUACAAGUCCUAACAAUCAGUCCAAUAAAAUGAACAGCAUUGUCUACCAGAAGCAGUUUCAGUCAGCAGCUGCUGCUGUGAGAAUGACACAGCCGUUCCCUGCACAGUUUGCACCACAGAUUCUCUCUCAGCCUAACCUGCUCCCUCCAUUGGUAAGAGCCCCAUAUACUAACACCUUCCCAGCGCCUGUUCAGAGGCUGCCAGUAGUACUGCAUAGUCAGAUGCCGUCUCAGAUGACCACAGGCCUUAUGAGCCACCCUCGUUUACCGCGUGUGGCCAGAGGUCUUUGUGGAUCAGUAUCUGGAGCCAGAGGCAAUCAGGCCCAGGCUGCGAUGAAGGCUGAACGAGACAUGAAGGCAAAGCAGAGAGCAGAGGUACUUCAGUCCACCCAGAGAUUCUUUUCUGAGCAGCAGCAGCAGCAGCAACAGAGCAAACCCAUAGGAGGCAAAGCGCAGAAAGUGGACGAGAAUGGGAGCAAACCCACCGAGGCAAUUGCUGACUCUUCAGGGGUCUGCCAGGACAAAACUGAGGAAAAGCCCACCCCUCCGCCUGCUACAGCAACAAAACCUGUUAGAACUGGACCAAUCAAACCUCAGGCAAUCAAAACCGAAGAAACAAAAUCUUAGAGGCUGUGUUUUCAUGGAGGUGGGGGGAGAGGGGAGGGUGGGUGAGAUGGCAGCAGCAUGAAUUUCUAGCCCAAGGGAAGAGACAAUAGUGUUCUCUCCCCCUAGGGCUCUGAACAGUGUAAAGUGGCAUAGAAGCCUUCAGCAGUUACAGAUGCAAACUGCUGUGUAUCCAGCUGAGCUUCUAGGCUCCUUGGGCUUGUGUCUGCUCUAACAGCAUGGAGGCUGCUUUUGGCGUGUGCACGUUCUACACGUGUGUACUGGCUUACACACCUGUAUGUUUCCCAAAGUGAAAAAAAUGGAGCAGUAGUAACAGCGGGGAGGUGGUCAGGGAGGCCUGUUCUGAGCUGACAAGAUGAAUACUUGUAUUUUCUUCAGGCUCUGAUCUUCAGCUGCUAUUUAUCUUUUUAUAAACCCAUGAAUAUGAGAACAUGCAGAUUUGAAGAUGGUGCUAGGCCAAGUAAUAUGUGUUAAGUUUUUAGUGACUUAAGCUUCUAUCUUGUAAUAAAGAGAGGGAUUCAUACAGCUGGCAAAAUUGCCUUUGCUGUGUGACCUAACAUAACACAGAGUAAUGCUGAUGACGUUGAACUUCCCUCUGAAGGCAGUGCUUUGCUGGCUGCUGCUUCUUGGAUGAAAAUAUAUUGCAUUUAGAUCACCAUAUGAAAAUGCUACUUGGCCACCUGUUCUCUACACCCACUGCCCCCUCGGUUGUUCACCUCUGGAAUUGAAAGGUUCAUUGCAUCAAUAGUCAGAUUUGUUCUGUUCACCUCUGUCCAGCUAUCUUUAUAUGAUGCGAGUGAUUUCUAAACGGUUUCCAGUUUAUGUCUGUAUACAGCAGCGAGCACUUCGAACUGUGCCACGAGAAUAAAAGAAACCUUAUUGGCUUAAAGAGAGUUUAAUCUACAAGGUGCAUUCUUUAUAUCAGAGCUACGUCGCACCACCUCCUUGCCCACAGUGUGCUGGAAAGUAGAAUCAAGUCAAAUAAAUGCCUUUUUAAUUGUAUCCUCUAGUAUUAUAGCUGUAGGACAGUACUGUAUGAUACUUCUGUGAAUGUAAGAUACCCUGUACCUGCUUAUGAUAUGUAGUAGUGACUGUGCUAUACUGGAGCUGUUUUUAAUAAUGUUAUUCUAGAGGUUUUUUUCCAGACAAUGAUUGAAAAAGCUAAUAAAAAGCACCAGGUACCACAUCAGUAGCAGAAUUUGCUGGUUUUUUUCUGGGAUUUUUUGUUUUCCUUGGUUUUUGGUUGGUUUUUUGUUUUUUGGGUUUUUUUACAUGUUUUGGAAGGAAGAGGUGAGAGUCUAAUGUGUAUAAUUUUGUUCAAAUGACUGCAGAAGCUGGAAAGGCUGUUGCUGCUAUCGAUGCCUAGUGAAUCGCUAUUGGUUAUCUUUUUAUAUAAAUAUAUAUAUAAUUUGAAUUUUUGGAAACUUUAGCUGUGAUGUCAACUUUGGAAAAAAGUAUCCCACUUGUAGUGUGAGUUGGCAUUGUACAGAAAUUAACAGCCAUAUUGGUCUAGAAAUGUUAAACUUAAUUUUUUUUUCCAUUUGUACAGGGGUAACGCACUGUAUGAAAUAUGUACGGUCUUAUUUACAUGGGUUUGAUUACAGAAACUAAUAAAGUAUUCUCUAAAUAAA